AAGCGUUGGUGCCGUGGGUUCUGCCGGAACUUUGGGCCGAACCGAACCGAGGCGGGGCUGGUCAUGGAGGCGAAAAAGAUGAGCCUGCCGCGGGGCCCUGAGAACCUGUGCUUUGAUAAGGAUGAGUUCAUGAAGCCCGAUUUUGAUGUUGAUCACUUUGUAUCAGACUGCAGGAAACGUGUGCAGUUGGAAGAGCUCAGGGAAGAUCUGGAGCUCUAUUACAAACUCCUGAAAACUGCCAUGGUAGAACUCAUAAACAAGGACUAUGCAGAUUUUGUGAAUCUCUCAACAAACCUAGUUGGCAUGGACAAGGCCCUGAAUCAGCUUUCAGUACCCUUGGGACAAUUAAGGGAAGAAGUUAUGAGUCUGAAGUCAUGCAUCAGUGAAGGGAUUCAGGCUGUAGAUGACAGAAUGACCAAACAGGAAGAUAUCAGAAGGAAAAAGAUGUGUGUCCUGAGACUUAUUCAUGUUAUUCAGUCUGUUGAGAAGAUUGAGAAGAUUCUGCAUUCCCAGGGCACUAAAGAAUUGUCCUCAUUAGAGGGAAACAGUCCCACUUUAACUGGACAGGUUUUAGAGAGAAUUGCCACAGAAUUUAAUCAACUCCAGUUUCAUGCAGUACAAAGCAAAGGAAUGCCCCUUUUGGAAAAAGUGAGACCAAGGAUAGCUGGGAUAACAUCCAUGUUGCAGCAGUCUCUGGAAGGGCUGCUCUUGGAAGGCCUCCAAUCUUCCAACGUCGAUAUCAUCCGGCACUUCCGCACUUACGCUACAAUCGACAAAACACGAGAUGCAGAGGCCCUUAGUGGGCAAGCUGUGAAACCUUAUAUAGAUGAGGUGAUUGUGGAACAGUAUGUUCAGUCUCAUCCUAAUGGCCUUCAGGCUAUGUACAACAGGCUGUUGGAGUUUGUUCCUCAUCACUGCCGUCUCUUGAGAGAAGUAACAGGAGGAGCUAUCUCAAGUGAAAAGGCAGACAUUGUGCCUGGCUAUGAUUUCCUGGUGAACUCAGUCUGGCCAGAAAUUGUACGUGGUUUAGAAGAGAAAUUGCCAUCACUGUUCAACCCUGGGAACCCAGAUGUAUUUCAUGAGAAGUACACCACAAGUAUGGAUUUUGUGGGGAAAUUUGAAAGACAGUGUGGCUCCCAGGCCAGUGUCAAACGUUUAAGAUCUCAUCCCUCCUACCACAGCUUUAACAACAAAUGGAAUUUGCCUGUGUAUUUUCAAAUCAGGUUGAGGAAAAUAGCAGGGGCCUUAGAGGAAGCACUUUCAGAUACACUAGAGGAAGCACCAGCUGGCAGCUCAUACUGUCUUUUGGCCACUCACAUGGUCUGGAUGAGUCUUCUGAAGUGUUGGUCAGAUCAGAUGUUUUUACCUUUAUUAGCUCACCGUUUGUGGAAACUCAGCCUGCAGAUCUUGGCACGUUACUCUGUGUUCAUCAGGGAGGUAAGAGAGCACCAUAUUCCCAGUGAGAAUAUGAAGGAAAGCAAAAAAUCUGUGCCUGGUAGUAAAAAGGAAUCUUCUGGAAGCCUCAACCCUGGUGAGGAGCAAGGGAAUGGGUCCUCUCCAGAAAGUCAGCCCCACUGCCUUCUGUACCAGCACCCAGCUGGGUAUGUUGCUGCAGAUCUGGACAAACUCCAGGAUCAGAUUCCUGAAAUCUUAGAGAUGUUAAACCAAAACUUGAAACUGAUUGGCUUCAAGAAUAUAGCUUGCGUUGCAGGAGCUUUGGAAGACCAAAGAUUCUUUAUUCAGCCUGCAUGCCUACCUUUGAAUAACAGGAUUAUCCAGGAGCUCAGUGUCUCCUUCACUUACCUGAAGAGUGCUCUGGAAGUUCCAAGAUUAUACAGGAGAACCAAUAAGGAGGUGCCAACUAAAGCUUCCCCUUAUGUUGAGAGUGCUCUGAAACCCUUCUACAGACUGCAGAAUGAGUACAAAGAUAGAUUGAAGCAGCCCAUGAUUCAGGAGUGGUUGGAAGGUGCCCUCUCUGAAAGCACACAGAAGUAUUAUGAAACUGUAUCCGAUGUGCUAAGUUCUGUCAAGAAAAUGGAAGAGAGCCUAAAAAGAUUGAAGCAAGCCAGAAAAACUGCAGCUUCCAACCCUGUUGGUACAAAUGGGGGCAUGAGUGAUGAUAACAAAAUCCGACUGCAGUUGGCCUUGGAUGUGGAAUAUUUGGAGACAAGUAAGUUAUGAAUACAAAAGAUGGGACUGGAAACAAGCCAGCAUAAAAAAGCUUUUCAGCCCUUUCAGAAGCUGGUUCUGUCUGCCAAGGAUCAGGCAGAGCAAUCCUAGAGAUUUUUGGAAGCAUGUGAUUGAAGAUAAUGGCCCUGAAAGAAAGAGAACUGGACUCUUCUUUACCAAGUAAGUAGCAAUGAAGUGAUUCCUGAUGUCUCUUCAGCAACAAACCAGUGCAAGGUCUGUCCAGACAGGAUUGUUUCACAAAAAAACUUGAGAAUUCACCACAGUUUUCCAUUAUAUGGAAAGCAAUCAAUUUUUAAACUUUCUACUUGAGAAUAAAAGUGGAAGGAAAA